AUGGCGCCUUUCAUCCCAGAUCUUCCUUUAAAGGUCGCUCUGCCUGCCGCGGCGGCCGCGGCGGCAUACCUCAAUGCGCGAUGGUCCCUUUCCUACGAUCUUGGUAUGAUCUACGCGGGGCUCAAAAUGGCCGUGAGGGCGCGUGUCGCCGAGCGCGGCGACCGAAUGAAUCUCUUCUACACCCUUGAAGCCCAUGCCCUCGCUCCUGCUACGGCCGACCACGAAUUCAUUGUAUACAAUGGACGAACCUGGUCGUUUCGGGAGACCUAUCUGAUGGCUCUUCGCUACGGAACCUGGUUCAAGAGGGUACAUGGCGUUCGUCGCAAGGAAAUCGUCGCAAUCGACUUCAUGAACUCCUCCACCUUCCUCUUCAUGGUUUUGGGUCUAUGGAGCAUCGGUGCGGUUCCUGCCUUGAUCAACUACAACUUGUCUGGGAAGCCAUUGACCCACUCGGUGCGGAGCUCGACUGCCAAGCUGCUGAUUGUGGACGAAGAGGUCCGCAAUUGCUUCCCACCAGAGCAGCUGAAGACUUUCUCGUCGGAUAGCUUCCGCGAUGGGAAGGGCCCCGUCCAUUUAGUUUUCCACACAUCUGAGGUGGAAUCGCAGAUUCUAGGGAUGGAGCCCACACGUGAGGACGACAAGGUCCGUGGCGACGUUCUCCCGCGCGAUAUGGCCAUGUUGAUCUAUACCAGUGGCACCACGGGUCUCCCCAAACCAGCCAUUGUCAGCUGGAAAAAGUGCUGGUCCGGCAGUUUCUUUGUGGGAGAUUGGUUGAAAAUUGGCCCAUCGGAUCGUUUCUUCACUUGCAUGCCUCUGUACCACUCCUCGGCUUGUGUGCUAGGAUUUAUGACCUGUCUCGUCCAGCGGUCGACCAUCAUCAUUGGCCGCAAGUUCUCUGCGCGAAAUUUCAUGAAGGAAGCCCGGGAGAACAACGCGACCAUCAUCCAAUACGUGGGGGAGACGCUCCGCUACAUCCUGGGUGUACCACCCGAGAUCGAUGCGGCCACUGGAGAUGAUCUCGACAAGAAACACAAUAUCCGCCUUGCAUUCGGCAACGGUCUUCGCCCCGACAUCUGGAACCGCUUCAAGGAGCGCUUCAAUAUCCCCACAAUCGCCGAGUUCUACGCUGCCACGGAGGGCACAUCUGGCUCUUGGAACCGAUCGUCGAAUGAUUUCUCGGCAGGAGCCAUCGGUCGAAAUGGUGCACUAGGAAAUAUCAUCCUUGGCCGAGGAACGGCGAUCGUCGAUGUCGACCAUGAGACCCAGGAGCCGUGGCGUGAUCCAAAGACGGGCCUGUGUAAAAGAAUGCCUCGUGGUGAUCCGGGCGAGCUGCUCUUCGUUAUCGAUGCCGCCGACCCGAAAGCCAACUUCCAGGGGUACUUCCAGAACAACAAGGCGACGGAAGGGAAGAUUAUUCGUGACGUGCUGAAGAAGGGCGACGCGUAUUUCCGUACGGGCGACAUGGUCCGCUGGGACAAGGACGGUCGUUGGUUCUUCUCCGACCGCUUGGGUGACACAUUCCGCUGGAAGAGCGAGAAUGUCUCGACGAACGAGGUUGCCGAGGUUCUGGGCUCGCAUCCAGAGAUCCACGAAGCCAACGUGUAUGGCGUGGCUCUGCCUAACCACGACGGCCGGGCUGGAUGUUCUGCCAUUGUCCUCAACGAGCAAAUUGCCCAUGGCAGCACUAGCAUCACCUUGGAGCCAUCUCGCGCCACACUGGACAGUCUGGCGGCACAUGUCCUCCAAAACUUGCCGCGCUUUGCUGCGCCGCUGUUCAUCCGGGUGAUGCCUGUAAUGCAGUCCACUGGUAACAACAAGCAACAGAAGCAUGUGCUGCGUACUGAGGGCGUCGACCCCACGCUGGUCUCAAAGAAGGAUCGGCUCUACUGGUUGCAGGGCAGUACAUAUACCCCAUUUGAAAGGAAAGACUGGGACCGACUGCACGGGGGCCAGAUUCGUCUGUAA